AUGCCUACAACAAAGAAAACACUGACGUUCUUGUCAAGCUUUCUCACCAGCCUGGGGUCUUUCAUCGUGAUCUGCUCUGUCCUUGGGACACAAGCGUGGAUCUCCAGUACAAUUGCCAUUAGAGACUCUGCUUCAAAUGGGACCGUCCUCAUCACCUACGGCCUUUUCCGUGGCAAGGGUACUCAAGAAUUCAGUCAUGGAUUUGCAGAACCAGACAAAAAUUUUGCAGUUUUAGGGAUAUUGAAUAACUCUUCCCCCAAAACUCUGCACUCGGUGGCCAUCCUGUUCCUGGUCCUCAGCUUGUUCGCUGCGCUGCUGAGUUCUGGGUUCACCCUCUACAACAGCAUCAGCAACCCCUACCAGACGUUCCUGGGGCCGGUGGGCGUGUACACCUGGAACGGGCUGGGCGUGCUCUUCGUUUUUCUGACCAUGGUGCUGUUUGUGGGGAACACACAGGCCAACCGCCUCUCUGAAGAGCUGUUCCGUGCCCUGUACCCCAUGGCCAUCAGUCAGGGAGUGACCCACAGCUACGGAUACUCAUUUUGGCUCACCCUGCUCGUCAUUCUCCUCAAUGUCAUCACCGUGGUCAUUGUCAUUUUCUACCAGAAGGCCAGAUACCAGCGGAAGCAGGAGCAGAGGAAGCCGAUGGAGUCUGGUCCCAGGGACGGGAUGUUAUUCUGA